UAGGCUAUGUUCUAUUAUUAAUUUUAAGUUAUGGAGUUUGAUUUUAUUUUGUUUGAAUUGCAGCUUGUUUUGAAUGAUUUUAAACUGGUGCUUUCUCUAUUAGCAAUGUCUGAAAUGGACAUGUAUGGAGCUGAUGAAGAGGAAGAGCAGUUUUACGAGGCUGUUAAGAUAUUAUUAAUGGCAAUACAAGCAGUGAUUUAUGUGUUAUACGAACUUGUGUUCAGCAUACGUGGUGAACAUAUUAGACGUCCGCUGACUCGUCGACCAGUGACAUCAAGUGGAUACAUAUAUAUGCACAACAUAUUGGACAGAGACCCUCAAAUCUUUAGAGAUGUGUAUAGAAUGUAUCCUGACGUGUUUCGAAAAUUAUGUAGCAUCCUAAAAGCGAAAACACCUUUACGGGAUACAAGACACAUUUGUGUUGAAGAAAUGCUUGCAACCUUUUUACUAGUUGUCGGCCAAAAUAAUCGAUACAGUGAAGCUCGGCUGAUAUUUGAGCGAUCUCAUUUUGCUGUUAGCAGAAGUUUCAACAAAGUCUUGAAGGCCUUGAAUACAAUAGCACCACAGUUUAUGGCUAAACCUGAAUCCAUACCACCUAACAUAAGAGAAAGUACAAGGUUCUAUCCUUACUUUAAGGAUUGUGUCGGAGCUAUAGAUGGCACGCAUAUUCCUGCAACGGUAGUUGGACGUGAGGUAAGCAGAUAUCGAAAUCGCCAUGGGAAGAUAUCACAAAAUGUAUUAGCAGCUUGUAACUUUGAUUUACAGUUCAUAUAUGUGAUUAGUGGAUGGGAGGGUUCCGCUCAUGAUUCAAAAGUGUUGAAUGAUGCGAUUUCUAGACGAAAUGGACUCAAAGUGCCACCAGGUAAAUAUUACUUAGGGGACUGCGGAUUCCCAAAUCGACGUCGGUUCCUAGCUCCAUUUCGAGGUACUCGAUAUCACCUCAAAGAUUUUGGUGGUGAAGGAAAUCAUCCUGUCAAUGCAAUUGAGUUAUUCAAUCUUCGCCAUGCUUCCUUGAGGAACGUAAUUGAGAGAAUAUUUGGAAUAUUUAAGUCGCGUUUCACAAUCUUCAAAUCAGCACCACCAUUUUUAUAUAAGACACAAGCAGAACUAGUUUUGGCUUGUGCAGGACUGCACAAUUUUCUUCGACAGGAAUGUCGUUCAGAUGAAUUUCCUCCUGAACCAGAAGAAGAUCCGAUAGACAAUCACGAAGAUAAUUUUGAAUGGGAUGAUUUUCAAACCCAAGAUCAGCAAAGAGAGAAUGCUAAUGAAUGGAGAAUGAGUAUUGCUACUCAUAUGUGGACAGAUGCCCAACCAAAUGCCAACAAUGAAAACAAUGACAAUCAAGAAAGUGAAAAUGAGGGAGAAGAAUAAAUCAUAUCAUUAUUUCAAA